CUUAACAUUUUCUUAAAAAAGGGGAAAACUUCGAGAGCUUGAAUGGUUCAAUUCCUUGAAUUCUUUUACAAAAUUCACGUUCACACCUCAUACCCCAUCGACUCCUUGCUCAGAUGAAAGAAGUUGCUCAUGUUUAGCACUAGGACUACAACAAAUAUGAUGUAGUACAAUCUGAACAUUUUAUGUCCCUUUGCUCGCUUGAUGCGCAUAAUUAGAAGCUUUGGGACUAUGUUACUAUGUGUAGGGUACAUAGUUAGAAGCUAAAUAUAUGGUUAUCUUUUGUUGUCCACCACUACUUUUACCGUUACGACUUAUAAAAAAAUAUGGUAAGAUGAAUAAAUUGGAACAAAAUGUCGUGAAUUUUGCAAAGAAUUUCAUUGAUGCUUCUGAUGAUUACUAGUUUUAUUUCAUGCACGUUGCAUGAAUAAACUUAGGUAUAUAUCCUGACAUUAUAGUUAUUGACCUUUGAUACCCAGAACAACAAAUUAUGUUGGAGUAAUUAUGAUCCUUGGCUUAUGAUUCUAUUUAGAACUCAUGCCUCUUUAAUUUAUAAUUUGCGAGAAAAUGAAUUUAAGUAUCAUUAACUCAAAUAUUUUAAUUUAUUCUAUCUAUUUGCUACUAUUUUUUAGGCUUUGUGGCACACUGACAUGAUACGGUUGUUCUGUUUUUGUAGGUGAAUUUAUUUUGAUUGCUUACAUAAUAUUCGCGGACAUGUUUGCACUUCAAUAUUAUGAUACUUACAUAGUGACAUAUUUUUGCUCCAUAAACUCAACUAUUUGACAAAAGAAAUUGAACACAAACUUGGUAUCCUUAUUAAGGGGACAAAAACCCUAAAACUUAUUCACAAAACAAAAUAUCAUAAUAGAGUGAUUCUAUCUAUUUAUCAUGUUCACCCUCAUUCAUCUCUGACUUUGUGUGUCUGACGAGAGUAUCACAUAGACUACUCCUUCCAGGAAAAACACCUAUCAUACGUUGAAGUUUGUACAUUAAACUCACAAAUCCCAAAGGGUUUGAUAAUCCAUCUGCAAUUCACGCAACCCCAGUAAUCUCUUUUAUCAUUAUAGACAUCAUACCAAUGAAGCUUGCCGCUACCUGGCCACUCGAAGGAACAUUUAAAUAAGGUCGUGGAAAAUACACUUGUCCAGAACCUAAAAUGAAAGUCUUGUCCCGGUCCUAACACCCUAACACCAAGGUCGUCGUCCUUCGACUUACAAUGCGCCUUCAAUUGCACACUACCCCCAAGCGCAUUGCCAAUCAUCACCAUUUUCUUCAAUGGAAAGAUGCCAUUUGUGUCUUCAGCUUUUACAACAUCAUUUAUAAUUCCGAUACACAGUAGGAAUAUAACAUUAACUAUCAUAACUGCUCUCCUCCCCAUGCUUAAACUCAUUAUAUGAAAGUAUUGUCGAACACACAAUGGAUAGAUGGAUUAUAUAUAUAUACAUGUCCAUUUGCAUGAAUUUCGGCGGUAUUAGUUAGGUUAGUUAGUAAUGUUAUAACUUUAGUCUAGAAUUCUUCUCUAUUUUUUUGCACCUCAAUAUUGUUUUGUAUUCCUAUGUUUAUGAUUAUUUGAAUGGGUUUUGUGUUACCAUAAAAAACGCUUCUAGUUAACUAUCCCCCCACAUUUAGAUAUAACAAUCGUAAUAUAAAUUCGGAGGCUCAAGUGUCACUCAAGCAAACAAAAGAGACAAACAAUGUUGAGGCGAAACUGCACAAUAUUUGUUGUGUUCCUAUUGUUAGCACAAGAAACUUCUUUCAUCGAGGCGAGGAUAUGGUAUGCCAAAACAAGUGUGGUGGUGAAGAAUGAGGUGGAAGGAGGGAGGAAACUAGCACUUCAUUGUAAGUCUAGAGACAACGAUAUUGGGGCCUUUGUGCUGUUAACACAUCAAGGCAUAAAAUGGAGCUUUCGACCGAACAUCUUUAGAACCACUCUGUUUUAUUGCAGCGCUGAUUGGGGAGAGGGAGUUCAUUGGUUUGACAUCUACACUUGGAAGAGGGAUUACUUGCGGUGCACUUAUUGCCAAUGGAUAAUAAAGGAGAGCGGUCCGUGCCUUCUAGACCUUGGCACACGUAAUUAUGAUUUUUGCCUUCCGUGGCAUUAACAAUUGAAGGAGAAGAGAGGGGAUGGUUGUGUUAUUGUGGACUUGUUUCUAGACCUUUGAUAACUAGGUUUGGGUUUGAUUGAUAGUUAUGAGCAUUAAAUAUUAUGAUAGAUUUCAUUAUUUUUUUUACCAUUAACUAGGAUAAUUUGCAUCUAAUAAUGAUGCUACAUGCGACAUCGAGUUUCAUCAUUCGAUAGCAUUUUUUUUAUCUCUGGUAUGUAAAAGCAAUAAAAUUAUUAGCUAAAAAGAUGAAAUCUUGCAUGGUCCCUCAAGAACUCACUCCUCCUACUAAUUACAAUGAUCGGAGCGUCACAAUGAUCGAUGCACUAGCCUCCAAGAACAAGUUAGGGUUCAAAGAUGAAAGUAUUCAAUAACUCGCUUACUUUUAUAAUAUUUGCGUAUGAAGAUCGGUUCAGAUUCGUAGUCCUUGGUUUACAUUACUCGAUGGGGGUGAAUGUUGUGUUUUGUAUACAGAGGUAUGAGCAAAAGCUCAAGAUGUAGGAUUAGGAUAUUACAAAGUUAAAGGUUCCAUUCGAACGUGGUUGUCGCUAUGUCAUAAACCAGUUGGUCCCAAUAAUUCGAGUUGUUGGGAGAAGGUUAUGCUGGAUCUUAUACAGGCCCAUGUAUGGUACUUAACCACUUCCUUACACGCCCCCUCAAACGAAAGCCGACUCAUGGACUUGAAGUUUGCACAGGGCCACCAUACCAUGUGCUUGAAAGACAACGAUUAAUAUUGGGGGUCGUGAGGACUUGAACACUUCCUUACACGCUAUAGUUUCAAGCCUUCAAUAAAAGCAAAAAACAACUCAACCAAUAUAUCAAAAAUAAAAUAAACUGAACAUAACAGAAUCUCCAAAACAAACCCUAAACACGGCUGAUUAGAAACCAAUCAAGAAGACUGAUGAACAUUCAACCAAUACUCUCCAUCAUUAUAAGAAUAAACAAAACAUACAUAUUCGUACGAACCAACUUCCUCUACUCCAAUUGACUAAAGCUAAGUCAUUUAUCCUUUCCUAGCUGAACUAGGCAACAAUGAUUGUCAAUAGUAAUUUUCAUACCAUUAGAUCACUCUUAUCAUCGAGUAAAAGAAGAUUCAAAGUCAGUUGAACAUCUUAAACCAAAACGUAAAAUCAAAUCCCAACAAACAAGAAAACGAAGGAAUAGGUUUUUUCGCCACCAAAUGUGGACAACCCUUUUAUUAUCUCGACCAAUAAAGCAGAUAAUGAACAUAUGAAAAUACUCCCCAAGAAUUAGGGAUGACAAUUACCCACCCAUGGGUAUGUUUGCCCAAAUCCAAUUGCACCCAUCUAUUAUGAGUAGGUUAUUGGAUUUAUUCUAUAUGGGUUUGAGUAGUACUUUGGGUAGGUGGAGUUGGAUUUGGAUUUUGGUUUUUAAAGUGAAAAUGGAUAUGGGUUGGAUUUGGAUACCCAUCACUUUGGAUAUGCUUGUAAAUGUUUGUUCUUUUAGGUACUAAAUGUAAAACAAAAAAUUUUGAAGUAUCAAAUUAUUAUUUUCCGUACAUAAUGCUGGACCUAUUUGCAUUUCAUUAUAAAGUUCAGGUACUAAAUAGUAGUUUUAUAUGUAAAUUUAGCAGUGAAACAUGCCACCGGAAUUUCCUCCGUCGAUCGAUCUUCGCCAGUUUGCCGGCAACCGAAAAACGUCGCUGGUGGAGCUGGGACCCGGUUCGCGGGUGGAGCGGUGCUUCAACUUCAUGGAUUGAUCAUUGAUGAAUAGCAUCGAGUGGUUGUUGCCUGCUUGCGAGUGGAAUUGCGAGUCGAUUGCCUUUGUUUUCCCCAUCAACGACGUUUACCGGCAAAACCAGAAGGUGGAGCUUUGGAAGGAGAAAGUCAAUAGUGCUCGCGCCGACGUUGUACAAGGAGGAGCACCUUGGUCGAGGGUGAUGAAGAACUCGUCGAGGUUCCCCACCAGUGGCUCAUAAGAAAAUACUUUGCAUAAC